AUGACUGUGCGACGGAGCAAGAGCAAGACGGCUCUCUUCUUGCAGCUCGUGGAGACGGGUGCUGUGCCGCUGCGACCAGGCAUCGCACAGUGGCAGUGUGCAGGUGGCAGUGUGCAGGUGGCAGUGUGCAGGUGGCAGUGUGCAGGUGGCAGUGUGCAGGUGGCAGUGUGCAGGUGGCAGUGUGCAGGUGGCAGUGUGCAGGUGGCAGUGUGCAGGUGGCAGUGUGCAGGUGGCAGCGUGCAGGUGGCAGUGUGCAGGUGGCAGUGUGCAGGUGGCAGUGUGCAGGUGGCAGUGUGCAGGUGGCAGUGUGCAGGUGGCAGUGUGCAGGUGGCAGUGUGCAGGUGGCAGCGUGCAGCACAUUCUGCCAACGAGCUGGGGCAAUGGGGCGAAGCUGGUGGGGGCGAUCGUGAGAGUCAUUCUGGGCUGUUGAGCCUGCACUUACUGCACUUCAUACCACUGCACUUCAUACCACUGCACUUCAUACCACCGCACUUCAUACCACCGCACUUCAUACCACUGCACUUCAUACCACUGCACUUCAUACCACCGCACUUCAUACCACUGCACUUCAUACCACUGCACUUCAUACCACCGCACUUCAUACCACUGCACUUCAUACCACUGCACUUCAUACCACUGCACUUCAUACCACUGCACUUCAUACCACUGCACUUCAUACCACCGCACUUCAUACCACUGCACUUCAUACCACUGCACUUCAUACCACUGCACUUCAUACCACUGCACUUCAUACCACUGCACUUCAUACCACUGCACUUCAUACCACUGCACUUCAUACCACUGCACUUCAUACCACUGCACUUCAUACCACUGCACUUCAUACCACUGCACUUCAUACCACUGCACUUCAUACCACUGCACUUCAUACCACUGCACUUCAUACCACUGCACUUCAUACCAGUGCACUUCAUACCACUGCACUUCAUACCACUGCACUUCAUACCACUGCACUUCAUACCACUGCACUUCAUACCACUGCACUUCAUACCACUGCACUUCAUACCACUGCACUUCAUACCACUGCACUUCAUACCACCGCACUUCAUACCACUGCACUUCAUACCACCGCACUUCAUACCACUGCACUUCAUACCACUGCACUUCAUACCACUGCACUUCAUACCACUGCACUUCAUACCACUGCACUUCAUACCACUGCACUUCAUACCACUGCACUUCAUACCACUGCACUUCAUACCACUGCACUUCAUACCACUGCACUUCAUACCACUGCACUUCAUACCACUGCACUUCAUACCACUGCACUUCAUACCACUGCACUUCAUACCACUGCACUUCAUACCACUGCACUUCAUACCACUGCACUUCAUACCACUGCACUUCAUACCACUGCACUUCAUACCACUGCACUUCAUACCACUGCACUUCAUACCACUGCACUUCAUACCACUGCACUUCAUACCACUGCACUUCAUACCACUGCACUUCAUACCACUGCACUUCAUACCACUGCACUUCAUACCACUGCACUUCAUACCACUGCACUUCAUACCACUGCACUUCAUACCACUGCACUUCAUACCACUGCACUUCAUACCACUGCACUUCAUACCACUGCACUUCAUACCACUGCACUUCAUACCACUGCACUUCAUACCACUGCACUUCAUACCACUGCACUUCAUACCACUGCACUUCAUACCACUGCACUUCAUACCACUGCACUUCAUACCACUGCACUUCAUACCACUGCACUUCAUACCACUGCACUUCAUACCACUGCACUUCAUACCACUGCACUUCAUACCACUGCACUUCAUACCACUGCACUUCAUACCACUGCACUUCAUACCACUGCACUUCAUACCACUGCACUUCAUACCACUGCACUUCAUACCACUGCACUUCAUACCACUGCACUUCAUACCACUGCACUUCAUACCACUGCACUUCAUACCACUGCACUUCAUACCACUGCACUUCAUACCACUGCACUUCAUACCACUGCACUUCAUACCACUGCACUUCAUACCACUGCACUUCAUACCACUGCACUUCAUACCACUGCACUUCAUACCACUGCACUUCAUACCACUGCACUUCAUACCACUGCACUUCAUACCAUACCACUGCACUUCAUACCACUGCACUUCAUACCACUGCACUUCAUACCACUGCACUUCAUACCACUGCACUUCGUACCACUGCACUUCAUACCACUGCACUUCAUACCACUGCACUUCAUACCACUGCACUUCAUACCACUGCACUUCAUACCACUGCACUUCAUACCACUGCACUUCAUACCACUGCACUUCAUACCACUGCACUUCAUACCACUGCACUUCAUACACUGCACUUCAUACCACCUGCACUUCAUACCACCUGCACUUCAUACCACUGCACUUCAUACCACUGCACUUCAUACCACUGCACUUCAUACCACUGCACUUCAUACCACUGCACUUCAUACCACCGCACUUCAUACCACUGCACUUCAUACCACCGCACUUCAUACCACUGCAAGCCAGAGCUGUGCGACCCCUCCCUCUACCCUCUUCCCCCCCAGCUGAGCUGAUCGAUGAGGCACUGGCAGCGGGUGUCCGGGUGGCAGUGUGCAGCACGUCCAAUGAGAAGGCGGUGGGAGCGAUUGCACUGGCAGCGGGUGUCCGGGUGGCGGUGUGCAGCACGUCGAAUGAGAAGGCGGUGGGGGCAAUUGUGAGAGUCAUGCUGGGGGAGGAGAGGGCGCAGCACAUGCGGAUAUUCGCCGGGGAUGUGGUUCCUAAGAAGAAACCCGAUCCGGGCGAGGAGAGGGGCUUCAGCAUGCACAUGCGGAUAUUCGCCCGGGAUGUGGUUCCUAAGAAGAAGCCCGACCCGGCCAUCUACAACCUAGCUGCCACCACUCUCAGCCUCAACCCUGCACGCUGUGUGGUCAUAGAGGACAGUCACAUCGGCCUCACGGCUGCCAAGGCGGCCGGAAUGACCUGUGUCCUACACGGCGGACGAGGACUUUUCAGCGAUGCGUGUUUGACGCCAUUGGUGACUCAUAUGACUCGCACCCUGUGCUCCUGUUCUGCUGUUUCACCUACCCACCUUCCCCACCUGCCCCCCCUCCCCCUCCUUCGCCCCUCUCCCACCAGCUACACGGAAGACGAGGACUUCUCAGCAGCCGAUGCCGUGUUUGACGCCAUUGGUGACACUCCAGCUGACGGCUUUGACCUUCCAUUCCUCGCCUCGCUGCUGUGA